CAGGGGAAUGUCCUGUUGAUCCCAUCCUCCGUUGAUCAUUGUUUCAUCCAUUUUCCAUUGGACUUGGGUUUACUUUCUUGGCAUAAAUAUUUCAGGACGACUUUGAACUAAGGACAUCAGUUUAGCAUUAAAUACUAGUGUGUAAUUUGUGAAAACAUCGAGUUAAGUCAAAACUUUAAUCCCAGGACACAGGAGUGAAAACUGACGGACGCCGGGCAAUUCAAAAAACAAAAGGGAAAAACUCAAACUCCUGCCUGCAUUGAGUUUGGACCAAUCAGCAUCGCGCAAAUCACAGCUCAACCAAUAGGAAAGUUAACGUACAAGAAAACUGUUUAACUAAAGCUUUGUUUCUCUUGACCAAUCGCAGUCGAUCACUUCGAAACGCAACCAAUGGCAACGUUAAGCGUUGGAAAACUGGUCGGUGACGUUCGAAGGCGGUCCUGUUGAAAAAAAGAUUCGAAGAGUCCAACUCGAAGAACGGGUACCGGAGGUGGGGAGUGUCACGGGCGCGUGGGGGGCACUUUUUAAAUUGAUUUCAUUAAUUUAUUAAGUGGGAUCAGAAAGUUCUCCAACAAGGGAGUGCUGCGAUCGGUGCCGGGGCUCCAUGGCUCUGAUCGCCGGGGAUCGAGAGCGCAGACUACCACUACCCGGAGCUCCGUUCGACAGGCUGGGUGUGGGCAGGGAGAGCGGCCGGAGCGGCUGCCCCGGCGGCGGCGGCGGCGGGGGCAGGAGGACGAUCAUGCAACCCGCGGACGCGCACUUCUCCACGGACGGGCUGCCCAGGGCGUUCCUGCACAGCCUGCGGACUCUCUUUGACAUCCUGGACGACGGCAAGCGGGGUUACGUGCACAUCUCGGAGAUAGAGAGCCGGUGGCAGGGGGCCGACACGCGUGACCUGCCGCGCGGGGUGCUCGAGUGCCUCCGCAGGGUCGCCCCGCCGCACGGCUGCCUCUCCUUCGAGCGCUUUGUGGCCGGGCUGCGCUUCUCUAUGCUGAACCAAGACAGCGCUCCCCCGAAGCCCCAGCAGCAGAAGCAGCAGCAGCCCCAGCAGAAGCUCCACCAGCCCCCCGGCAAAGUGCGUCCGCUGGGCCCCAGCAACGCGAUGAACACGCGCCCGAACCGGGCCGGACACACGGAGCCGGCGUCAGCCGCGUACCCCGCCACCAAGCCGGGGGAUCCUCCCCCCCGCUACACCGGUCCCGGGUACGAGAGGACGGGCAGGAGCCUGGAGCGGAUUCCUUCCGCGGCUCCCGACGACGCUCCGUACAGAGCAGGGGAGCAGCUCCUCGGCGGGAAGGCGCUGCGCGUGCCGCAGGGUCGCGUGCGCACCAUAGAGUCGCUCGCGCUCGAGUCGCCGCAGCUGCAGAAAGCAGCAGGUACCGACGAGGGGCCGGGCCUGCCCCGGUCACGGAGCGAAACCGCCGCCGCGGGACUGUGCGCAACGAGGCGUCACGCACGGAGCCGGGAGGAGCAGAGGCGCCACACUAUCACUAAUGGGGUAGACUAUGGAAUGUUGAAACAGAUGAAGGAGCUCGAGCAGGAGAAGGACUCCCUGCUUGCCGGGCUGGAUGUGGUGGAGCGGGCCCGCGAAUGGUACCAGAACCAGAUCCACGGCGUGGCCGAGAGACAGAAGCACGUGGGCCAGGCCAGCCGCUGCACGGAUUUUUUUGCAGAAUCCAGUCAGAGUCGCAUGAACAUCCUCCUUCCUAAACUGCAGGAAGUGAACCGUUGCCUUGGUGACCUCAUAUCCAGUUCUGGAAUGCCCUUCGCAUCACACGGUGCUGCGCCUGCAGCUAUUCCCUCGAACCCUCAGCCGCCGCCGCCGCCACCCGUAGCACCGAAAGCCAUUCAGAGACUGAAAGAGCAGAAUCGUCUGCUCACUCAGGAGGUGACAGAGAAGAGUGAGCGCAUCACCCAGCUGGAGCAGGAGAAGGCUGCGCUCAUCAAGCAGCUGUUCGAGGCUCGCGCUCGCAGCGCUCACGACAGCAGCGCUUUGGACUCCACCUUCAUCUGAAAUCCCACCCCCUCCGGCCUGGUGGCAACACCCUAAGCUCCGCCUACAUGCGAGCACUCCGGCAGUGUCAGCACGUUGGAAGUUCCGCGUAAGCCGACCUACCUUUAGCAUCUCAGGCUCCGCCUUCGUCGGACACCUCGCCCUCUUCCCACGGUGGCGGCACCCUAAGCUCCGCCUACAUGAGCACACUCCCAUGAGAGCAGCACCUUUGAACGUCUGACCUCUAUUAGUGUUAGGCUCCGCCUCCACCCGACUCGACCGGUGACUGCUGAACUCCCGGCUCCUCCUCCCGCCGACCAAUCCCACGACCCCGACACAAUAGCCGUUACUCGACUCCUCCCACACGCGGUUUGCUGUGCUGCGGGCCUCCGUCUACAUGGUCACGGUCGUGCGUUUCCGCGAGCCCCAACACAAGCUGCUCUGAAGGAAGGCUAAUUAACCAUUAGCCAGUUUCCAAGUUGGACUGAUCCCUAUUUGACUGUUUUGUUACAUUUUUAAUGAGAAACUCUUGAGGGUAUUUUCACACUUGGUUUGAUUUAAGCCCCCCCCCCCCCCCAACCCCCCCACCAGACUGACUGAUUUAAUUCUCCAUGCAUUUAAUCAACCUAAUUACUGCUGUAAAACUUGAUUGGUGUUGGAAGCCAAACCUUUAUUUUGGCAAGACGAAGAGAGCUGGCAAGUGCUCGCUCACCAGCUGACCUCGAUGCGUCACCAUCGCGGGUCCAUUUGGAGACGUUCGGAUCGAGUGGAAGAAGGAGAGUGCACGGAUUACUUUCAGGAUGGGGCAUAAUGAGUGCGAGCGAUGAAGGGAUCCGUAGCUUCCGCUGGGGUGGCACGGGAAAAGAGAGACGAGAAAGAGCCUAGCAUGUUGAAGGGAUUUGAAGUUUUGACGUGUCGCGCUCAAGGGGGUCCUCCGGUCCCCGUCCAGCGCGGCAAACAAAACGGACGUUGAGGCUGUGCCUGGACCGAAAGGAAAGUGUGUGUCGUUUGUAGUGAGCAAGUGUUUUUCCUCGGAGGACUGACUGAAAGUGGAGCGUGAUGGAUGAACGCACGCGACGCAGCUCUUGUCACAUGUCCCUCGUCCUGUGUACGGGUUGCUGUGCUGGUGUGGCUCGGCGCACGCCGCCUAAGGCCGUUUGGACUGAAUCUGAGCAGAACAUUGCACAUUCUAACCCUGCGAGGUAGAUUAUUUAUGCUUUUUCCUUUUCCUCCACUAAUAUUCACCUGGGAUGGGAUGGCGUGGAUGCCUGUCAAACGCAGAGUUCCGCAAUGUUCCGGGAUACCGGUCCAGCCGAGCAGGCACCGUUGCCCUUCGGUGAGCCCUGUUUCUCGUUUGUAGGAAAGUAGACGUUUUGGACAGCCCCUGUCCCAUUAUUCCUUCCUUGACGUUCCUCUUGUUUGGAAACUUAAGUUGGAGGGCCGUAGGGACGCGCUGUUUUCAUACCGUUUAGUUUUGAUCGGGCAAAAUUUGGCACCAGCCGGUGCAGUUCCGUGGCGCGGAUGCUGCGCGCCUUCAAAAUCAGGGUUUCUCGCGUCUGUUUCGAGACGUGGAUUUCAUGAACAGAUUGUGUUAGAGAGCCCUGCCCUCACCCCACCGCCUCCCUCGGGGCACCUGUGAAUCUCUGCGCUUGAAACCUACGCUACGUGUGUAGCCGCUCCAAUAAAAUAUUUGAAUAAAAAAAUCAGAGCCUGUGGUGUAGCUUAGGUACUUUGGGGAUCUGUUGCACACAGGUGUUUACAUCCCUUCUCUGGUUCUUUUACUGGCUUGCGUCAAGCACACAUUUUUCACUUUAUCCUCCUGAUUCGCGAAGCUCGUAGUUAUUAAAAGUGACUUUUUUUUUUCCAAUCAGGUGAGAAGUACACCCUGUGCCUCUCUUUGGCUGUGAGCAAAGAGCGGUUCUGCCAAAGGUGCCAGGAGUGAACAAGCUGCUCCGCAACCUCCCUCGCUCUCCUUCCAUGUGUCAUUUACAAGACUCGUUUUGUGUUUACAUGGGAGCGUUGUCUUGGCACGCUACCCUUUGACACCCUAAAGCUAACGCUUUUAACGUAUUAAACGGAAGAUGUCAUGAUGCGCGCAAUUAAAAAGCCGCCUUCUAGUUUUCUUUUUCCACAGGCGCCCCGUCAAGUCACACUUCAGUUGUUUCGUUUACAAUCGUCAACGGCAAGUUCGGAGAUUUGUCCUUCCUUCAAUUAGAAUGCGGCGCCAGAAAAAAAAAAAAAAAAGCUUUAGUAACCAUAAUGCUAAAGUGGGGAAAUUGGCAGGAUUGGCAGGUUGUGUGUUGGGCCGGCUGUCUUCCCUUGGUUUGCUGAAUGUAUCGUGACCAUAUUUCUCAAAAGGUUUCAAGGGUGAUGUAAACAAAAGAAGGAUUCUGCCAGACCCGUGUUGCGGAUAUAAUCUGUCCUAAAUGGGAAGGCAUGGAAGUCAACGGAUAUGUAGCAGGAAGA